AUGGGCCGAGCCCAGAGUUGGGGGUGGCAGCUGGGCCUUGGUACCCACGUCACCCAGCACCUGGCUGGGGGCCGGGGCAGCCUUGGGAAGGCAGCUCCCUUCGGCCUUGGCUCCCUUCGGCUGCCCCGUGACACGAGGAACGGCUGUGCACUGAGCGCGCCCGACACAGCUCCAGGAAUGGGGGACUGGGGACGCGUGUGCACGACCGGCUUCCACCGCGUGGUCGGUGCUGGUGGCUUCCCUGGGGCCUCGGCCGAGACUACGACAGUCAGCGCACACCCCUGUCCGAUCAUGUUCCCUUCCCUCAGGUCCCGUGCCAUGGCGAUGCUGCGGGACUGGUGCAGGUGUAUGAGCGUGAAUGAGCAGCGCUCACUGCUCAUCCUGGGCAUCCCAGAUGACUGCACGGAGGAUGAAUUCCAGGAGGCCGUGCACGCUGCCCUGAGGCCCCUGGGCAGGUACCGAGUGCUCGGCAAGGUCUUCAGAAAGGAGCUCGGGACCAGGGCUGCCUUGGUGGAGUUCGCUGAGUAUUUAAACCGAAGUUUGAUCCCCCGACAGAUACCAGGCAAGGGGGGGCCCUGGACUGUGAUCUUCCUGCCCCAGGCCCCUGAUGCUGAGUUCCGGGGUAGAAACAAUUUCCCUCCAAGGCCUCAGGAGCAAGCAGCGGCAGGAGGGGCAGGUGAGGCAGGAGGACCAGGUGAAGCAGGAACUGUAAGUGAGGUGGGAGCUGCAUGUGAGGCAGAAGCUGCAGGUGAGGAGGGAGCUGUAGGUGAGGCGGAAGCUGCAGGUGUGGAAGGAGCUGCAGGUGUGGAAGGAGCUGCAGGUGUGGAAGGAGCUGCAGGUGUGGAAGGAGCUGUAGGCGAGGCAGGAGCUGCAGGCGAGGCAGGAGCUGCAGGCGAGGAGCUGCAGGUGGGGAAGGAGCUGCAGGUGUGGAAGGAGAUGCAGGUGAGGGAGGAGCUGCAGGCCAGGCAGGAGCUGCAGGUGAGGCAGGAGCUGCAGGUGAAGAAGGAGCUGCAGGUGAGGCAGGUGAGGAAGGAGCCGCAGGUGAGGCGGGACCUGCAGGUGAGGUGGGAGCCUUGGAUGUGGCAGGAGGGAGAUGAGGCAGGAGCCCGGAGCCAGCGAUGGAGGCAAGCUCUGCAGCGUGUGCUGGAAAACAUGGCCUACCAGGAGCAGACAACCUUUUCCGGGACGGAAGAGCCAGGCUGUGGGGAAGAGUCCUCUGAGAGCUGGCUGGACCACGUCAACGACAUGCUGUACCUGUGCCAGCACACAUCUGAAGGGGAGAGGAGGCGGCGGCUGGUGGCGAGCUUGGGCGGCCGCGCCCUGCAGCUCGUGUGUGGCCUCCUGGAAGAACAUCCUGACAUGCCUGCGCAGGACUGCCUGGCGGUGCUCGAGCAGGUGUUCGGGAACAAGGACAGCCCGAUGACUGCACGGCUGAAGUUCCUGACUUGCUCUCAGCAACCCCAGGAGACUCUCUUUGCCUAUAUGAUGCGCCUGGAAGACCUGCUGCAGACGGCCAUGGAGAAGGGGGCCAUCCACCCGGCCAUGGCAGACCACAUGCGAGCCCGGCAGUUGAUGCUGGGGGCCCUCCCGAACGAGGCGCUCCAGGUCAAACUGAGGGGGAUGUGGCUGGAGAAGAGGCUGCCUGGCUUCAUGGAUCUGCUCCGGCUCGUUCGGGAGAUUGAGGCAUGGGAGGCCACCACAGCUAGGAAUGAGCAGUUGCAAAUCCAGGAAGGAGCUGAAGUGAAUAGAGGAGACCCAGCUGGUGACCAGGGUGCCUGUGUCGAUGAAGGUGCUGCCCAGGCCUCCCCAGCCAUUGAAGAUGCUGCCCUUUCUAGUGAAGUUGCCAGAGAAGGUAUGUGUACCACUGCAGAUGUAAGCAAGGGCUCCUUAGCCAAUGAACAUGUCAUGCAACCUGCUCUUUUCACUGCAGAUGCUGCUGAGGUCUUCCCACCCAAUGAAAAUGCUGCCAGCGCUGUUCCAGACACUGAAGAAGCUGCUGAGGCUACUGCUGACAUUGAUGAUACCACGAAGGCUGCUGCUGCCACUCAGGAAGAUAAGAGUGCUCCUGCCCCUGCAGGCCUGGCUCGGGCAGGGCCCACAGAGGGCCCCAGGGGCCCCACUGCAGCCCAGAUGGGCAGUGCUUCUGGGGCCAGCCCAGGGGGUCCUGGCUGGGGGCCAGAGGGCCUUACCCAGGCAGGAGACCAGGAGGCCGAGGAGCCCCCCCUGGAGGGGCUCAAGCCCAUCCUGGAGGAGUCGGGAAACGAGGAAGGGGCUGGGGAGACGAGCCACCCCGAGCCUUCCUCAGGCAAAUAG